CUUCCCCAACACACUUCUACACCACUCCCAUCUACCCUAUAAUCAUCUAAUGGGGAUCAAUUCGUCUUUGCUCGCUCCAGCAGCGCCGGGCAUUGCCAUCUCGUCCUACGUGGAGGCGUUGGAGGAUGUGCAGUACGUGAAGCUGCUUGGCAACGCGCGGUUUUUGAAGACAGUCAAGGCGUUGGACGCCUCGGGCAGCGUUGUGGUGAAGGUUUUGGUCAAACAGAAUGGUGCCAGUUUGCUGGACUGGGUCAAACAACUCACGGACCAGUGCGCACGCUUGCUGGGCAUCGCGAGUGUCGUUCCGUACGCGGCCGUUAUCGACACGCCACGUGCGGCCUAUUUGAUCCGCCAGUACUGCCGUACUAAUCUCUAUGACCGUUUGAGUACACGGCCAUUUUUAGAGACGAUCGAGAAAAAGUGGAUCGCGUACCAGUUACUCCGCGCGCUAUACGCGUGCCACACCCGCGGCGCGGUGCACGGCGAUAUCAAGACGGAAAAUGUAUUGGUAACCACAUGGAACUGGGCAUUGCUCACAGACUUUGCGCCGUUCAAGCCAGCAUAUCUUCCGGAGGAUGACCCAAGCUUAUUCUCCUUCUUCUUCGACACAUCGCAGCGGCGUGCGUGCUACGUCGCGCCCGAACGCUUCUUUGCGCCAGACGAGGCAAUGGGCAAGGUUGGGGGGGUUACCGAAGCGAUGGACGUGUUCAGUCUCGGGUGCGUCAUCGCGGAGUUGUUCCAGGACGGUGCCCCAACCUUCACCUUAGCCCAGCUCUACAAGUACCGGCGAGGGGAAUACGUACCGCCGUUGGACAUUGAAGACGACGAUAUCCGAAGCUUAGUGCGGAGCAUGAUCAGUCGCGAGCCGAGUGAGCGACUCUCGGCAGAACAAUACUUGAGUGCACGCGCGUUUCCUACUCACUUCGCUUCCUUCACCUACGAGUAUCUCAAAAGCUUGUCGGAUGGCGCACAACGCGGCAUGGAGGAGUGCGACUACAGGAUUGAAAAAAUGUUUCUGGAUUAUGACAAGAUUGCGUAUUGUUUGGGGUUGGGCGGAGAAAGAGAAAAGGUGGGGGAGAACGCAGUGGAGAUGGAGUUUACGAAUACGGCGAUCCCAGUGAAGUUGAAGAUGCCGGGGGUGGCGGUGUAUACGCCACGCGCAAAUACAAACUUGCGCGGCAGCACGGAUCUGCCAGUUCGCUUGCCCGCUAUUCCCCUUGAACGCCUCCCCACGAACCGGCCCGCUAAUGCGGGCGAGGCAGCACUACUCUAUUUGAGUGUCAUCUUCACCUCCAUCCGCAAUACCAGUCACGCGGCGUUCCGACGCCAGGGCUGCGACUUGGUGAUAGCUCUCGGUGAGCACGUGCACGAUGAGGCAAAGCUCGACCGAUGCCUUCCGUACCUCAUGGCGCUUCUCGAUGACGCGUGCAUAGACGUCCAAGCCGCGGCGUUACGCGCGCUCACCCAGCUCCUCCUCACCGUUGCAACCAUCACGCCCACAAACGUGCAGAUCUUCCCUGAGUACAUUCUCCCUCGCCUAGUCUCCUUCUGGAACCGCUCGGACAAGUACGUGAGGAUGGUGUUCGCCGCGUGCUUGCCGCACCUCUCGGUCGCUGCGAAGCGCUUCUACCACCUGGCGCGCGUGCUACAGGCAAAUGUUUUGGUUGAGGCGGACCCUGAGUCUGAGAACGGUGUUUCCGAGUCCAGUCUUUCGUACGACACGCUUGUGGACGAGUUUGGUAACUUGGCCGUGCGCGUAUUGACAGACAGCGACGCGGGGGUCAAGAUAGCCUUGCUCCGCAACAUUCUCCCGCUUUGUGAGUUCUUCGGUAAGGACAAGACAAACGACAUUGUCUUGAGCCACCUCAUCACCUACUUGAACGACAAGAACCCGCAGUUGCGGGUAUGUUUCGUCGAGAGCAUCGUUGGUAUCGCCAUCUACACCGGCGUUGUCAGCCUCGAGCAGUACAUCCUCCCGUUGCUCGUGCAGGCGUUGAUCGAUCUCGAGGAGUUGGUGGUGGUGCGUGCGAUCCAGGCGUUCGCGCGUUUUGUCGCAUUGGGCAUGGUGCGCGAACGGUGGGGCUUAGUCAGCAGCUGUUUCCGCUUGGUGUUACACCCCAACGAGUGGAUCCGCCAGGCCGCAUUGGCGUUAGCGGUCACGGUUGCGCGCAAUGCGGACGCGGCAGAUGUUUACUGCUUCCUCUACCCGCUCAUCCGGCCAUACUUGGAGCACGACGUAACCACGUUCGAUUGGAACACGUUGUAUCCGUGCUGCCAGAGACCCUUGUCACGUGCGGUCUACAAUCUCGCCUUGUCGUGGUCAUUGAAGACGAAGAAGACGUUGUUCUGGGACGGACUGGAGCCCGGCAGCGCGCCCAAAAACAGGGACAUUCCGUUGUCCCAGGAGGACAAAACCUGGGUAGAGCGCUUGAAGACGUCGGGGAUGCGUGAGGAAGACCUCUGGAAGGUGGUUAGGUUGAAGGACUAUGUAUACAAGGUUGCGCGGUUGAGUCUCCCGUCGGAUAACCCGGUUGGCACCAUUGACAUCCAGAGUAUGGGCAUUCUCCCGCGAAAUGUCUUUUUCGAGACUCAUUCGGCGGACCAGUUUGAACCGGAAGUGUACCGUUCGUCCUUUUCGCUUGAUCUCUCCGAGUCGUCCGUCAGCCUCUCCAGCGAGUCGAAGCUCGUUUACGAGCUCAAGCCCGAGCGCCAGCGUGCCAUUGUGAAGAGUGGGGGCUCGCUCGUGCUUGGCUCCGUCUUGUCGGCUCCGGUCUCCCAGAUGAACCAGGAGUUAGUCUACGGUAGUCUCAGCCGGUCGGCGAACGUCCAGCGGGGGCAUCGCCCCAAAAGCAUAUCGCCACCCACAGUCGUACACACGUACAGUGGAAAGAAUGCCCAUAUCACCAAGUAUUUGGCCAAGAUCAGCUUCGUCCCCACUCUCGACGAGUUUCCUGAGUUUGGGUCCACCCGUACCGGGGUCAGCCAUGCCACCAAUGUCAAGUGGUCGCCGAAGGGCACAUUGGUGGCACACCUCACGGAGCACAUAUCUACGGUCAAUGUCGUGGCCGUCAGCGGCGACCAGAGCUAUUUUGUCACGGGCAGCGACGAUGGAUACAUCAAGAUCUGGGACGCGGCGUUCCUCGAGCGCAACAUCACGGGACGGUCGUCAUUUUCCAUCUUCCUCGACUCGCCCGUGCGCUGGCUUUGCUUCCUCGACGGCCGCGACGUUUUCGCGGCCGCCACGGCCUCGGGCGAUAUCGUGAUCUUCCGUGUCGAGCAGGACAGUGCCCCACGCGCGUUCCGCGUCGCGGUCAUCCGGCGGUACAAGCAGCCAGAGGACUCGCCCGUGGUUGGUAUGGAGUUUCUUGUCUCCAAGAAACCAUUGCUAGUGCUUGCGAUGCAGAAUGGCAAGGUCUGUGGGUUGAACGCCAUCACCAUGGAGAUCGAAUGGACUUUCACGAACCCCCUCACCUUUGGCAACACCACUGCCUUCUGUGUCGAUCCUCGGAAGACGUGGAUCUUACUUGGGACCGCCAAAGGCGUGCUCAGUUUGUGGGACUUGCGCUUCGAAACGCUCGCCAAAUGCUGGAGGUUCCCCCAGGGCUUUCCUAUCCGGAAGCUCAUGCCGUGUGCACGCGACUUCACCGUUGACCGCCGCAAGGGUAGGUAUGUGACGCUUGUGGGUGGUACUGGGGCACCCGAGGCCACUAUCUGGGAUAUAAACCGACUCCAGUGCCGCGAGGUCUUCACCAGCGGUGAAGCCUUUACUAGCGGCGAAGCGCUGUACAACGUGGUGGAAAUUGACCCCGUCAAGUGUUUCGACUACUCGUCUGUGGAUGCUUUGGGUUCUUUGAGCCUAGAGGGAGACAAAAGCAACACGUCACUCUGUCUUGUUGAGGCACGAGAUGGGGCUACCAAGACGUCGUUUGUGCUCACAGGUACCACAACUGUCACAUGCUGGAACGCCAGUGAUCCGUCCGGCUCCAAACAUAUUGGUGGCGACAUGCGAGUCACCAGUAACCAGGUCAGCGUGUCGCUUAGAGUCACGACAAACGAACGGGAAUCCCAAGGUCGGAGGUCCGUGGCGAAGACCCCGGUUAGUAUCGUCAGCAAGGACCAGCUCAGUAUUCUCAGAGCGCAUCGGGAUGUGAUUACCGGAAUAGGGGUUAUAUUGCGGCCGACUGAGUUGAUCAUCUCAGUGGAUCGUUCGGGUGUGGUUAACGUGUACAAGUAGCUACCAUCUUUUUUGAGGGGAGAUUUUGACACAAUUACCGGUAAUAUGACGUAUUUGCAACUCUCCAUUUACAAACCUGGUAUUGCAGCCCGGGAUUUUGCGUGUAUAAUUAAUGAAUCUCUGUCUUAAGGGGAGCUAAAAACACCUAUACGAGUCAGCAUGCUUGCUAUGGCAUGGUCAACUCUUCCUUCUAUAUCUGGUGUAUUUUAUUCGUAACUAUUCCGAAAGCAGUCUCGCAAAUGAGAGUAAUCUCGCAUAAUCCAUUUAUUAUUU